AUGGCUGAAUGUUGUCCAUUUCCUUGUGUCAAGGGAUCUGUAAUAGCAUUCAACGUAAUAUUUUGGUUUUCUGGACCAGCUGUUCUUGGAUUAGCUAUCUGGUUUUAUCUGACGGUAAAUAUUUACAGUCCAGUCCUCGAUAUGACGUCAUACAAUACCCAAUCGUACGUCAUGAUUGCAACAGGAGGUGCAUGCAUCGUUUGUGGCAUAUGUGGGUGCUUGGGAGGUGUAAAUGAAAAUAAAUGGUUGAUCUGUAUUUAUAACUUUUCACUUGUUGUGAUCUUUGGAUGUCAACUAUACACGUGCUUGGCUUCCUUUUAUGUAUAUGACAAGGUCGACACAAAAGUUUCCAGUGAUCUCAACUACAGUAUUUAUCAUUUAUAUCACUAUAAAGAACAGUCCACUGCAGCUAUUGACCGAAUUCAGCGAGAGCUGUACUGCUGUGGAUAUCGUGGUUAUACAGAUUGGCGGUCAGCCAUGUAUUACCGGGAUGUCACCUUAUCGGACGGUAGAGGGCGUGAAGAGCUGCCGAUUUCCUGUUGCCGUGAUGGUGUGGAGUCACUAUGUAACGCAGUAGUGGACAUACCAAUAGAUCUAAGUAGUAUCUAUACUAAUGGAUGCAAUACUGUGCUUCAAAACUGGCUUAAAACCAAGCUUUUGAUAUUUGGAUGGGGUGCAUUCGUACUUUCCUCAUUUCAGCUUCUAGGUAUCGUCCUUUCCUGCUGCAUGUACAAAGCCUUAAGAGACCUAUACAAAUAA